AAAGCUAAUCUGAAGAAAACUAGGGUUUCGUUUCGUGAGGCCAGCGCCAGUUUUAAGGAGAAACUGCUUGCGAAUCCCCUCCAUAGUCGUCUACAAUGGGGCGUAUGCACAGUCGAGGAAAAGGUAUUUCGGCUUCGGCAUUGCCGUACAAGAGGACUCCACCCAGUUGGCUCAAGAUUUCUUCUCAAGAUGUUGAUGAAAACAUCUGCAAGUUUGCGAAGAAGGGUUUGACUCCGUCUCAGAUCGGUGUGAUUCUUCGUGAUUCUCAUGGUAUUGCUCAGGUCAAGAGCGUUACUGGCAGCAAGAUCUUGCGUAUUCUUAAAGCUCACGGGCUUGCACCGGAGAUUCCUGAGGAUCUCUAUCAUUUGAUUAAGAAAGCUGUCUCGAUUAGAAAGCAUUUGGAAAGGAAUAGGAAGGACAAGGACUCAAAGUUCAGGUUGAUUCUUGUGGAGAGCAGGAUUCAUCGGCUCGCCCGCUAUUACAAGAAGACCAAGAAGCUCCCACCUGUUUGGAAAUACGAGUCAACUACUGCUAGCACACUUGUGGCCUGAUUUUGUCCACUGCUGCACAGUCGGGUGAUUAAGAUAUUUUCAUUUACAACAUUCAAUGUAAGGUAUUUCUGUUUUGUGGUUGUUCUAGAUUAGACAUUGAAUUGUUCCGAGGUAUCACAGAAACAUAAUGUUUAAUUUUGAUUCUUCUCAUAACAAUUUUGUAGUUUCUUCCUUGUUUUAUGGGACAUGAUAGUUUUUCUUAAUUAUAAUUGACAUUCUUCUGAACUCAAUGAUGAAGAUGUGGUUUCUGAA